AUGCUUUUUCGGGAACUGUUACCAAAUCAAUCAGCAAGAAAUGGCUUAAAUGCAGCAUCGAGAUGUUGUUGCUUUUUGUCCCCAUCCGGUCGUUAUGGAGUAUACAUCUGUCGUACCGAAGUAUUUGAAUCGCAGCCCAUUGAAACUCACUUUUAUAACUACUUUUUUAUUGUUUCUGAUUUUAUACUUGAUAUUACGACUGAAUAUAUUUCCACAUGCGGUCCCUUUAAAAGAUUUCACCGUUUUUACUAUUUGAAUGACACUGUUGGAAUACUUGUUGAUUUUUCACGUAACAAUGGUAAUGUAGCGCAAAAUGUUAUCCAGUUUUCACACGUAAACCAUACAGUAACAUGUGAAUAUGCUCGUAUUUGGAAUUUCGAUGUUGAUGAUAUGUUGUAUGAAACGGACAAUACUCGUAUGAUUUGUACAACAACAUUAAUGGAAGAUGGGAAUAUGACUUAUUUACCGUUACUUGGUGAAAAAGAUAAUAUAUCGAUGAUAUUUGCUCGACUGGUACCAGCUAAUCCGUUUCAUUCAUCUAAUUUUGCUAUACCAAUGUUGGAAAUCAGUGAACAGGAUGCUUAUCAACGUGGAAUACAAACGGACGACGGGGAAAUGUUACGUGAAACGGAUUUAUGCACCGAUACCAGAUGCUAUCCUUUAAUUAACAAGACGUCACUCUACUUCAUUGUGCGGCUUAGAACGGAACAUUCUGAAAGUGAGAGACAAACUUGUGUUGCUAUGCUAAAAAUGGACUUUAAAAAUUAUUUCGAAAGUAAUUUUUCUUCAACCGCAAAAAUUAAUAUUACGAUUUCACUAUUACGAUGGCAGUCAAUGCUCGCUAAAAAAUAUUCUGCACGACCACGUUUUGUUAGAAUUAUGGCACAAGAACAGAAUAUUGUACUUUUGCGAGCAUUUAUUUUUGUACCUGAUCGAACGUGGAUUCUGAUUGAUAUGAAUACAAUGACAAUGAAUGCAUUGAAAUCUCAAAAGAUUGCUAGGUGA